AUGACCAAGGAUACCAGGACCUUCAAAGUGCUCCUGGUAGGAAACUCUGGUGUKGGCAAGACAGCCUUCUUGCACCGAUAUCUCAAAAAGAGAUUCGAGCAUUCGCUACCGGUAACGGCUAACAUCGAAAAACAUGAUAUCCACCUACAUACAACUGUCGGCCCGGUGAGGUACGAGAUCUGGGAUGUGAGCGGUACCCAGAAGCCCAAUACUCUAGCCUCGAGGGAAUUCGAUGAAAUUGAUGCGGCGAUUAUCAUGUUUGAUCUGACAGACCGGAUUUCAUACAAUAAUGUGCCUAAUUGGUACCAAAGCCUCGUGAACAAGGACGGGACGCGCCUUGGGAGGUUUAUUCCCAUUUGCAUCUGCGGGAACAAGAAUGAUGCCUCGGAGGAUGCGAAAUUACCCCCAAAGGUUAUCACGUUUCCCAAGAAGAAAGGAACUGGCUAUGUGGAGAUGUCUGUCAUGGAUUUGGGCAACAUACAUGAACCGUUCCUUGAUCUUGCGAGGCAGCUGUUGAGGAAUAACGCCUUGUGGUAUAAAUCACCUCCCGAAGUUGGACAGGCAGUGUUGGAAUUUCAGACGGUGAACCAACGGUGGCCCCAGGUAAACGGAUCCCAAAAUCCGCAAUAUGCAAUUGGACCCCGUGUCCAGACCAAGGAGAUGCCACCUCCUGAAACUGAAACACAACMCGCGACGGUAGCAGAUAUUUCGGCUGAAAAGAACCCUACCGUCAUCGAGUCGCCUAAAAAGGCGGAUACGUCCAACGGGCAACUGAAGUUCAUCAGUACAACGAACAAAGCACAAAAUGGGAUCAAACCGCCUGCCAGCGGGAGUGUCUCAGUUUUCGGCGAGACAAAAUCAACAGUCAAUGAAACCGCCCCAAUUGCAGAAGCAGAAAAGCCGAAGCUUCCUAUUGUGCCUACAGAGGAGCACCAUGUUACGAAGCACCACGAACCGAGAAAGGAGCAGCGCGAACCCAAGAAAACACUCGAACCCUCAGAGAAGCAAGCAAGCCUUGCUAAAGAUCAGAGCCUCUUCGUCCUGUGCAUCCACUGCAUCAGAAUGGUUCUCAUCAAGUGUAUCCAGGGAACAUCCCUAGCUCAACUAUCCAAUGACAACCCGUCUUUUGCCCUCACCACGACAGCUUGCCGCUCCUGCCGCCAGGACUCAAAAAGGUCCCAGUCGGACGAAGUGCGCAUGUCUCCGGAUCUGAUUCGGUAUACGGCCAUGUAUGAGUGUGCGCGCAAGGUGGCCGAAGACGACGUGGAAGUACUCACGAACAAAAUGAGUGUUGCGCAUAUUUCUCUUGACAAAUUGACGGACAGUAUUGGCCGCGAGUGUCAGAUCCUGGGGAUCUCGACCAGUUCGGACACACUGCAGCAGUUAAGACAGGUCGGGAAGAAGGACGUGUUGUUGGGGUAUGUGCCAGGGGCAUUCCUCUAG